GCAGUUCAGGGGUGUACCGGUGGACAUCAGAAGCAGGUAGGAAAGACAAACUACAAGGACAUUUCAGAAUCAAUUGGUAAAUACUCAGUAAACAACUUAACCGUUCAAACGUAGUCUGCGAUAUAACUAUGCUUAGCUACGUUAGACAAAUAAUAGGCUGUGCUUCACAAAUCACGGAACUGCUGAAUAAAUUCGCAUUCACAGCUAACGUUAGCUAGCAUGAUGAAUCCCCUUAGCUCUUUACGUCUUCGCGUGGAACAAGAUGCUUUGAGAACGUGAAGUUAUGGUAAAGACAUGUACCGUCUUUGGUAACCCUGUCACCUCACCUGCUCCACUUGAAUGCAAACGUAACAUAUCUAUUGUCGUUCAGUCUGCUUCAUACGAUAGCUACAUCCAGCUCCCAUUGCUGGUGAAGCGUUCAUGAUGCAUCCUCCUGAACGGCCUGGUGCGUCCCCAGCCCCGUGUCAGCAGGCAGCCUCUGCCCCCCAGGGCACCCUCUGCACCAGACCACUGGGGGGUCUCCUCCAGCUAGCCAUGCCCUCCCUGGGCCGCCUCCUCCCUAGGGUCCAUGCAGCUGACAGUGUGGCGCCUGCCCCGGUACAGAUCCCCUCCCCCCUACCCAGCCUCGUGGGCAAGCCAGAGUUCCCAGACACUGGAUGGGACCGCAUCAAGGAUCUCUUCGACAGGGAUGAAAUGCAGAAGUAUCCUGAGGAGCUCUCCAGCGUGGUGAAGAGUACCUUAGCUGCCGCCUUGGCCGGCAUGAUCUACGGAGGGCUGCCUGCCGCCCGGCACGCCAGGGAGAGGUACAUCCAGCUCCACCAGGCUGAGAUAUACCACAGCCGGGUGGAAGCUGUGCGUUCUGCCCAUAACGCAGCCAUCCGGGGCUUUGUGAGGUAUGGCUGGAGGUGGAGCUGGAGAGUGGCAGCCUUCGUCACAUUAUUCAACACUGCGAGCACAGGCCUGUCUGUGUACAGAGAUAAGUAUACCCUCAGCCACUACGCAGCAGCAGGAGCUGUGACAGGAGGCCUAUUCAGGCUGAACCUGGGUCUCGGGGGACUGGUGGCAGGCACGGCCAUAGGAGCAACCAUGGGGGUGCCGGCAGGAGCUCUGAUCAUCGCCAUGCAGGGAUUGGCGGGAGAAACGGUCCGGGAGAGGAGGAGGAGGGAGCGCAGAGAGCUGUAUGAACUAAAACUGGCGGAAUGGAGUGCCCGUUUGCAGUUGACGGAUGACCUGAUUGGUGAUUUGAGCAGCAGUGGGCGGAUCCAGGAUGUAGACCAGGACAUACAGAAGAUCCAGGAGCUGCUCAGUUUACCACGGAACGAGGGCGUGGCCCAGGACUCUGACAGCCAUUGACAGCAGCUGAAAUACUCUUAACUGAUACCAAUCAUAGCCAUCCUCAUAGACAGACAAUGGUAGGUGAGACUUUCCUCACCUCUGAGGACAUACUGUUUUCUUUUGAUGUCGACUCCUCUAUUCUAUGUUCUGUUGAAUACAAAAGAGGACCUACUUAUUUGCUCAACAAAAUAUGUAUUGAUGCUGAAUUAUGAUUUAUACUUUAAAUGUAAUUACUUUGUCUGGAACUUUUAAAUGAUUUCCAACAUAUUUCAUAUAAAUGGCAAUAAUGACACAGUAUCUUCAAGUCUGAAAUUCACUGAAUUAGUCAUGACGUGUGCAAAGUACAUGAGGCUGAGAGCCAGUGGGUUUGAAGAACUCUGAGGAAAAGCGCUACAUUUUAGUCAUUUAGCAGACGCUCUUACCCAGAGCAACUUACAGGAGCAAUUAGGGUUGUGUCUUGCUCAAGCGCACAUCAGAUUUUUCACUUAGUCAACUCGGGAUUCAAACCGGCGACCUUUCGGUUACUGUCCCAACGCUCUGAUCCGCUAGGCUGCCUGCUGCCCAGUGUGUAGGUUAAGACACAGUCACAUUGCCAUAAUGUUCAGAUAAUUGAUCAAGCAACCGACUGCUAGGCAAUUCCAUGGUAAUGAUGCUGAGACUUUGAUUUUUCACUUUAAAAUGUAUGCCAAACAAAAACCAAUGAUUGUAAAGUUAAACCAUAACUCUAUGCACAAGGACGACUUUUAACCAUUUCCAUUGAACAUUUUACAAAAACAUUUAUUUGAAGAACAGUACAAAUGCAAAGUUUGGUAACAGAAGGACGGUUUGUGCUGUUUGUGCCAUCCUUCUGUUACCAAACUUUGCAUCUGCACUGUUCAAGUAAAUGCGUUUUUGUAAAAAAAAAUAUAAACGUUUAGAAUUGAAAAAUCAGAGUCUCAGCAUUCUGUUACCAUGGAAUUGACCUGCUUUCUUUCUUAAUGACAGUGGGGCGUGUGUCUAGAAACAUGAACAUUUUAUUACAAUCUGUGUGUGUUUCCAUGUCUGUUUGUAGGCCUGUAAUGUUGGCCCCUGGGCUUGUCAGCAGCAACUAGGUCAAACAUAGCCUCUGCCCCUGCUGUAAACAAGAUGUGGCACACUAACAGCUGGGGCUCGGAACCCGACUCAGAUUGACAACAAAUAGCCAGGAGAUUGGAAAGAGAGACAAGUCGUUAGUUAACAACACAGCUAACAUUCUAAUUCUACUUUAAAGGUUUGGUCAGUGAUGAUCGGUUACAGCCAUGUGGUUUAGUGUGUCAUUAAGUUAUGAUUGUGUAAUUCAAUUCAGUAAUCAUCUGAAUGAAUUACAUUUCAUGUCCUAUCAGAGGGAGUCUGCUCAGAUCAACAAGUGAGGUAAGCGUUAUUAUGCAAAUUUGUUUUUGUUGAAAUGUAAUGCAAUAGUGUCUCCUUUUGUUCCAGGGAGCUAUUACUAAAGAAAUGCAUUCCUCUUCACCUCCCAGCUGAAGGCUAGCCUACAAUUAAAUUUUAAAUCAUUUGAUUAGAAUGGCAUUAGGAAUGUAUGGAAUUUAUUUUCAGGGCACUGGGCGGCAUGUUUUAGACAAAACCAUGACAGGCUUUUAAAACAUACAGUUGAAGUCGGAAGUUUACAUACACCUUAGGUUGGAGUCAUUAAAACUGUUUUUUCAACCACUCCACAAAUUUCUUGUCAACAUACUAUAGUUUUGGCAAGUCUGUUAGGACAUCUAUUUUGUGCAUGACAAGUAAUUUUUCAAACAAUUGUUUACAGAGAGAUUAUUUCACUUAAAAUUCCCAGCUUCGGGGACAUUAUCACUUGUAUACAAGUGGUUGCUAACAUAUUCAAAUAAUGAUCGACAUUUAAAUAAAAAACGUCUAAUUAUUCGUACUAUUUCAUCCUUCCACAAGAUAUAGUACCAACUCAAAUCUAGGGUUGCUAGAGACGCGACCCAGUCGUUCGUUCUUUUUGUUCUGUAUGGAUAGACGCAACCCAGUCGUUUGUUCUAAAUGGUCCAUUGCCAUACUGACUGGCAACGUUAUUAUCUCUUGCUCGCUAGCUACGCGACUACGGCUAGUUCACAGUCACGUCAAAAAGUGUAGUCAGAAUAACAGCAGUACAAGUAGCUGAAUUUAAAAAAAUAUGUUUUCUAGUUAAGAUUUAUUUGGAUACAUCCAUAACAAUGAGUUUAUGAUGCCUGGCAGAACAAAUGUGUUCUCUUGUCACGACACUGUUCAGACCAAAUAAAGACAAUCCAUGACAUU